GACCGGUUAUUUACCGAUUGAACUAAUGACUCAGUAGUCUGAUCAGUUCGAUUACCAAUUUGGUUCUGACAACUAUUGGCGAUAAAGAAACUAUGUUUAAUCUUUUGUUCUAACUUUUAUUGAAUCAUGGAUGCUGUUUGAUGUACUGGUGACCUGACGACCUUGAUUGCAGUGGUACCACAGCUGUAUGCCUGUAUUGGUGCAACGAUGCAUUUAAAGAAUUAAAGGUAUAGAAGCAGCUGUGGGUGUAAGCGGGAAGUGCGUGCAGAAUCAGUCUCUCUUUCACUGAUUCCAGACCCAGAAAGGGUUUAGCAAUGAAGAGGAGUUUUCCAUGGGAUGAGCCUGGUCAGAAUCCUGAUUCUUCUUCCAACAACAUUCCUCUCCCAAUUCCCUCCAUUGACCUCACCUCCCAAGAUAUACUCAUUAGACGGGCAGAAAUGUAUCAGGAGUACAUGAAGCAGAUACCAAUACCAAGUCAACGAGGCUCUGUCAUCCCGUUUAAUUCAUGGAUGGGAUUAGGCAAAUCAAUAAAGCAACUCUAUGGGCAGCCUCUCCAUUACCUCACAAAUGUUAUCCUUAAGCAAUGGGAUCAGUUGAGACUUAACAGCAAGGAUGAAUACAAACCCUUAGACAACUUGAUUCAUCCAACCAAAGCCGAAGCCACCAUUUGGCUCAUGGAAGAAGUCCAUCGACAGACGUCAUCACAUUUUCAGAUUGCCGAACUUUGGAAGCUGGAUCCAAUGUACAAUUGUUCUGUUGAUGCCAUUUUUCCAACUUCAGAGAAUUUAUUGUGAAACCAGUUAGUUUAAAGGCUUUGUUAAGUAUCCUGCAAAAUGUUUACUUGCUAGGUUUGGCAAAGAAAACUUGAACAGCUCUCUUGAUCAUCUCGUCCCAAUUCUUUUGUUUGACUAGUCAUUUGUUUUGGGGCUUCUUUUUUCUGUUGUAUGUGAAUAUUCAAGUUCAAUUGUCAAGAGUAAAUUGAUUUGUCAAUCA